UUUUGCAAUUUUUUGACAGCUGUCCAGUGGCCUAUGCAUACGUGCCUUUGAUGACUAUUUUUUUAUUAUUUUAAUCAAUUUUUCCGUUUUAAUGUUUAUCAGUGAUACGUCAUGAAAGUAUUUAACCUGCAAGUAUGUAUAUUUAAUAAAUGAGUAAUAAAUUAAUUGAUUAAUCAUCAUAUGUCGGAGUGUAUAUCUUAAUUCAUAAUUAUCUGAUGAUUUUCCUGACCUAAGUCAACUGUUACUCUGAUAGUGAUUCUGUACACACAUAAAAAAAAAAAAAAAGAGUAAAAAAAAUUUUCUUUUAAAUUUAUCAUGGAGCUACUGACUACCUCAACAGAAUCACCAACUGAUAAUUUGUAUCUUGCAUUGAUACAAUGUUUUGUCGUAAUUUUAUGUGGAUACAUUGCAGGAAGAUUAGAGAUAAUAACAAGAUCUGAAGCUAAUGGAUUAAAUACAUUUGUUGGUACAUUUGCUCUACCAUCAUUAAUAUUUUUAUCACUAGCAAAACUUGAUUUCUCACUGGUUAAUUGGAAAUUUCUUUUGUCAGUAUUACUUGCAAAAGGUUGUGUAUUUUUUGUUGUUAUUAUUUUGUCAAUGUUAAUAACAAGACCAACAAAUGCUGGACGUGCAGCAUUAUUUGCAAUAUUUGCAACUCAAAGUAAUGAUUUUGCAAUUGGUUAUCCAAUGAUUGAUGCUUUAUAUAGUUCAACACAUCCAGAAUAUGCAUCAUAUCUUUAUUUAAUGGCACCAAUAUCAUUGGCAAUAUUAAAUCCAAUUGGUUUUGUUUUAUUGGAAAUUGGUAAACGUCGUAUAGGUGAACCAAAAUCAGGCUGGUCACUUGUUGCAUCAGUUGUCAAAGGAAUUGCCUCAAAUCCAAUUUUAUUUAUGACAGUUUUAGGAAUAAUUGGUAAUAUUAUAUUUAGUCAUCAUGUGCCAAUUGUUUUAUCAGAAAUACUUGAUGUAUUUGGCAAGGCAUUUUCUGGAAGUGCAUUAUUUCUUCUUGGUCUUAUGAUGGUUGGCAAAGUACAUACAUUAAAAGGUGCUGCACUUGUUACACCUGGUAUAUUGAUACUUAUUAAAUUACUUGUAUUACCAUUGGUCAUACGUGAGUCAGUUAUUUUACUAGCACCUGGUGUUAAUGAAACUGAUACUAAAGAUUUAUCAACAUAUGGAUUUCUCUAUGGAACAAUACCAACAGCACCAGCACUAUUUAUAUUUACACUACGUUAUAAUUUGGAAAUUGAUUUAAUUGCAUCAGCAAUGGUUGCAUGUACAUUUUUAUCAGCACCAUUGAUGUUUGUAUCAGCUAAAUUAAUUAAUGCAAUUAAUGAUGGUGCAAAUUAUUCAAAACAAUUGAAUUCAUUUAUAAUGGAUAUAAGUAUUGCAUCAUUAACAGCUUGUGUUUGGUUGAUAAUAUGUUUUUUUAUAUCUGAAGAAAAAAAAUGGAAACGUCCAACUCAUCGUUGUACAGCUUGUAUUAUUAUUGCACAAUUUGCUGUAUGUAUUGGACUUAUUAUUUGGACACAACUUGAUAUAAAUGAUCAUAGUUCAGCACUUUGGUACAUUCAAUUUAUUUUAAUAAGUACUGGUGUUUAUGUUAGUCGUUUAUUGACAGCUGUUAUGGCAUUAACAAUAUUAUUUUUGAGCUCCAGAUCAUUAUCAUUUGUUAAUACAUUACAAAAGUCUAUUCUUCCAGCUGCAUUGGCUAUUCCAAUUGUUGUUGUUGGUCUUAUGUGUUUAAUGAUUACACCAUCAUCAAAUGGCAAUGAUGAUGAUAAUUUGAGAAAUCCAAAUUUUCAACUUGGCAGAGUUCAAGCUGCCAUGUCAAUUUUUAUUUUACUAUUUUCAUUUAUUGUUACGUUGGGAUGUCUUGUACUCCAACAAAGAUAUCAACGACGUCAUCAUGCUGAUUCAUAUGCCAGUUUAAUUGGUAAUCAAGAAAAUGCUGAAUCAACUGUCGUUGAAUCUAGAACUGUUGUUGAUGUUGAAGAUUUAGUUUUACCAAAUGGUAAUUGUGGAUUAGAUGGUGGAUGUGGUUUACAACGUAAUUUAUGUGCAGCUACAUCGGGUGUUCUUGAUGAAUGUGAACCAGAAUCCGAAUAUUUGAAUGAUAAUUUAAGAAGAGAUAAUGAUGAUCCACAAAUACUUCGACAUCUUGUCCUUCUUAUUAUACUUUUGUGUUCCAUGUUAUUUGCUUUAGCUUUGUCAUUUGGUACAAUGAUAAUGGAAGAAAUGAUUGGUAUAUACGCUGAACUUGCAUUCUUGGAUGUUGCCUUUAAUUUUGGACAGGCAUUAAUUGUUUUUGGUAUAUUUGGUCUGGAUCCAAGUCUUGGAAAAUUAGGACCAUGGUUAAUGAAAAUUGCCCAAGAUUGGCGAGCACGACAAAAACUUCAGUUACCUGAUGAAGAAUCUUUGAGCCCAGAGGUAAAAUCAAUACGUGAACAAUUUCGUCAGUGCCAUUUGCGUGCAUGUCGUGACAGAAUUUCCAUGUGUCGUCGACGUUUAUUAAAAGUAUACGAGGGUGCUUUUUCUGGUUGUGAUUUAGUUGAUUGGUUGUUGGAAGAGGGAAUUGCACAAACUCGUGAUGAAGCUGUUAGAUAUGGUCGUUGUCUUCUUGAAAGUCGGGUACUUCAUCAUGUUGAUGAUACCCACCAUUUCCAAGAUAAAAAUAUUCUAUAUACAUUUCGAGGAUAAAUUUUAUUUUUCUUAAAUUUUAUCCAACAAAAAUUAUAGUUUGUUUUUCCACCUUUUUUUUUCUUUUUUAUAGCUUUCGUAUAAUUAAUUAAAUGAAGUUUUUAGCGACUGACAUGAGAGUGAAAAUAAGUAUUUCCAUCCAAAAGUAAAUACUGAAAUUUUAAAUAAUGUUUUUUUAGUAUAUUUUUAUUUUUUAUUGAUUUUUUGAAUUCAUUAGAGAAAAAAUUAGAAUCCGCAGGACGGAAUAUAGUCUAUUUAAAAUGAAAACUAAACAAACUGAACAAAAAACUUUGAAAAUUAUAAUAUUAAUCAUUUUAUAAUUUUCAUUGUUACAAAGGCUGUGUUCAAGUAAUUUGCUACAGAUUAACAAGUAAAUGAUAUGUCGCUCGGAAUCUAUAUAUCAAUCUUAGCUUUAUUUUUUUUUUUUUGUUUUAAAUAAUUUAUUUUGAACUAAACUUCAUUUUUUCUCAAUCUCGAUUAAUGUAUUUUUCUAUCCUCACUUCAUCAGACUAACACCUUCAUUAUAUUUUUUUACAAUAAAGAGAAGAUAAUCAUUGUGAUAGAUAAAAAUGUUGUAAUAAUAUGUAAUAAAGUACCAGUUUUUUUUUUUUUUUUAUUUAAAUUUAAUUUACAUAGCUAAACGAACAUUUACAAUUACCAAAGAAAAAUUAUUUUUGAAUUUGUUUUAUAUUUUAUUGAAUCGUAUCCAAUAUGAUGGCAUGUGAUAGACAAAGGUUGCAACGAACUUUCUAUGAAUAUGAAACUGUUCAAUUAUCAUAGAAAAAAUAUUUAAGAUAUUAAUGAUUAAGACAUUGUUAAUAUUGUAAUGAGCUAAUUGAUUUUAAAAUAUGAACAAAUAUAUACUUAUAUUAUAUUGCUAAAUGUAUAAAUGUAUACUUG